AUGGCCCGGUGGCCCGCACCGCCUCCGCCUCCGCCGCCGCCGCCGCCGCUCGCCGCGCCGCCGCCGCUGCCCGGCGCCUCCGAAGGGCCGCCGGCGCGCAAGCUGCUCUUCAUGUGCACCCUGUCCCUGUCCGUCACCUACCUGUGCUACAGCCUGCUGGGCGGCUCGGGAUCGCUGCAGUUCCCGCUGGCGCUGCAGGAGCCCCCGGGAGCCGCCGCGGAGCCCCCGCCGAGCCCGCCGCCUUCUUCGCCGUCGCCGCCACCCCGCGUGCGCCCCGGCGCCUCCUUGCCACCACUGGACAACGCGAGCCACGAGCCGCCGCCCGAGCCCCCCGAGCGCUUCACGGCACCCGCGGCCGACGGCUGGGGACUGGCGAGCGGCGGCGGUGCCCGGGACGCAUGGUCCCGGAGUCCACCGGCCCCAGGAGACGUGGUCACAGCGCAGGGCGCGCUGCUGGAGCGCGGGGCGCAGGAGCCAGGCACCACAGAGGAGCUGGCAGGCCCGAGGGCGACCAACGCGAGCGCGGAGCGGGGCCCCGCCAGCACCCCUGAUUAUGGGGAGAAGAAGCUGCCCCAGGCGUUGAUCAUCGGGGUCAAGAAAGGAGGGACGCGCGCGCUGCUGGAGGCUAUCCGCGUCCACCCGGACGUGCGGGCGGUGGGUGUAGAGCCGCACUUCUUCGACAGGAACUACGAGAAGGGGCUGGAAUGGUACAGAAAUGUGAUGCCCAAGACAUUGGAUGGACAGAUAACCAUGGAGAAGACCCCAAGUUACUUUGUGACAAAUGAGGCUCCCAAGCGUAUUCACUCUAUGGCCAAGGACAUCAAACUCAUUGUGGUGGUACGAAACCCCGUGACCAGGGCCAUUUCUGACUAUACCCAGACGCUCUCAAAGAAGCCAGAGAUCCCUACCUUUGAGGUGCUGGCCUUCAAAAACCGGACCCUGGGGCUGAUUGACGCCUCGUGGAGUGCCAUUCGCAUAGGGAUCUAUGCUCUGCACCUGGAGAACUGGCUGCAGUACUUUCCCCUCUCACAGAUCCUGUUUGUCAGUGGUGAGCGACUCAUAGUGGACCCUGCAGGGGAGAUGGCCAAAGUACAGGAUUUCCUAGGCCUCAAGCGCGUUGUGACUGAGAAGCACUUUUACUUCAACAAAACCAAGGGAUUCCCCUGCCUGAAGAAGCCAGAAGACAGCAGUGCCCCAAGAUGUUUGGGCAAGAGCAAGGGUCGGACUCAUCCCCGCAUUGACCCAGACGUCAUCCACAGACUUCGGAAGUUCUACAAACCCUUCAACAUGAUGUUUUAUCAAAUGACUGGUCAAGAUUUUCAGUGGGAACAGGAAGAGGGUGAUAAGUGAGGCUGGCAGUGUGGAGGGAAGGCUAAUGAAUAUAGCAAGGAUACUCUUUACCAGAGUCCCAAAUCCCACAGGUCCUGAAGCUUCAGCCAUGCUGGAGUGCCAAGUAGAUUGCCAACCUCAUCCAGUCAGAUUACCUCCAAUGUUGUGGGCUUAGACAAAGGUAUAGAUCUCAUGGCAUCCCUGUGAAGGAACCAACUGUAUCUGGUUGACCAGGUGGCUACCAGAAUCCACGACAAAUACUUAUCUUCUACUAGUUAAUAGAGUCUGAAGACAGGAUAAACAUCUUCCAGUGCCACAGACAUAUGCUAUGAUGUUGAUGAGUGGCAAAAAGAAAGAAGAAAGGAAAGGAAAGGAAAGGAAAGGAAAGGAAAGGAAAGGAAAGGAAAGGAAAGGAAAGGAAAGUAGGUAGAUAAAUGUACUUUGCAGGAGCCCUUACUUAGUCUUGGAAGUCUGGAUUCUAGCCUUAUGUUUAGUCCCUGGUAUGUAAACUUCUGCUCUGGCAUCUCUCCAGAAUGCCAUUUGUGAAUGAGAGCUCCAAGACUCCCAGGGAGCCAUAUCCUCCCUCCAAGGCCUGUCUAGCCUUCCCAUCAAAGGCCUCAUCCCACAACCCUUUGACUUCCUCCCUCCCCACAAUAUGAAGGCAAAGGCAUGCACGUAUGUUCCUCACCAAAAAAUAGCCUACACCCUUGGAGCCUUCUAUCUGAGAGCCAUCCAAGAUGGGUCUCUUCCUUUUUGAGUGUUCUAAAUUAUGGAGAACCUUAGCACACAUCCUCACAUUGGAAUCUGGCCCCCAUGAAUGCUUCUAGAACAGGGAGACAGCAGCUAUGAUUUGAGCCCUGAGGCUGGCAAAGGUGAAUGCUUGUAACUGAGGGUAUAAGGGAAAACUGAGUCCUCUAAGUGGGAGGGCCCCUUACCUAAAGAUUCUCUUCCCUAAGGAUCUUGGUCCUGAGGCAUGCUCUAGGGAUAGGCUCUGCUCUAGAGACAAAGACCAUAGCUUGCUUGUUAGUUAUUCUGAGUAACCCUUCUAGAUGCAGAGAGGAAGGGAGCACUCAAUGUUUUUCUAUUUGUCUCACUAUUGCCCCCCUCAGGGUCGCCUCAUGGUUCAUUUUCUCUACUCAGAGAUGGCAUCUAUUGGGCCAUUGGCAAGAAAGUUGAUUUGCAGUGUGAAGUGGGUGGGGGAGGGCAAGGACUGUCUGCAGACAUCCUCUUCAAGGGCUGCCAAAUAAAGUGUCCCUUCCCAUUAGUAUGGUUCAAUUAAAACACAGCAUUUGACAUAAAGCACUUGUUCGCACAUCUCCAAAGCCAGGAAUUAUAGUAAAAUUGGAAAUUUGUAUGACUGGGGAGAGUUGAAUCUGUUCAGCUGUUAUUAAACUGUCAUUUCUCCCACUAAAUGGAAACUGUGUUGUUAUAAAGCUUAAUGCAACCUGAUUGAUGGGU